GAAUAAUUCAGCGCGUCCCCACUGUGGAGCUCCUGCAUGGACAUGGAGCACAACACCGACUGCUCUUCACCAUCAACCAUCUCGUAACAACCGCAGCUUUAAACACCACUAAUCAGGAUCUCUGAGCAUCAGGUCCUCUGUGUGUCCUCGCUUUCUGUUCCUCACCAUGCAGAAGUGGCUGCUGGUGGAACCUCAGUGAAAGAGACUUGAGCGUGAGAGAGAGACGAGGAGCUGAAGAUUAAAGUGAGGAGGAAACACUUCAGUGUGUGUCUGAAGAUGAUGAGAUCUGUUUUUGCUAAGCUGAAUCCUCGGCGGAUCGAGUGGGAGGCGUCAUGGUACGGUCUACACUCUCGUGUGCUGAGAACCAAACCGUUGCACUCCAUGCAGGAGAGUUCUGGGGAUCUACAUGGAACCACCAGACUGGCACAGGUUCUCACCACUGUGGACUUGGUGUCUCUGGGCGUGGGCAGCUGCGUGGGCACGGGCAUGUACGUGGUCGCCGGGUUGGUUGCUAAGGAAAUGGCUGGACCAGGUGUGAUCUUAUCAUUUAUCUUCGCUGCUGUGGCUUCCAUCCUGUCAGGCGUGUGCUAUGCUGAGUUUGGCGUGCGAGUGCCAAAGACCACCGGCUCAGCGUACACCUACAGCUACGUGACGGUGGGGGAGUUUGUGGCCUUCUUCAUCGGGUGGAACCUCAUUCUGGAGUACCUGAUCGGCACAGCGGCCGGAGCGAGCGCUCUCAGCAGCAUGUUUGACUCUCUGGCCAACCACAGCAUCAGCCGCUACAUGAUCACACACCUGGGCACGCUGAACGGUCUCGGUAAAGGAGAGGAAUCGUAUCCUGACCUGCUCGCUCUGAUCAUCGCUGCUCUCGUGACCGUGAUUGUAGCCCUUGGAGUAAAAAACUCAGUGAGCUUCAAUAACAUCCUGAACGUGGUGAAUCUGCUGGUGUGGGUGUUUGUGGUGAUCGCAGGACUCUUUUUUCUGUCCGGUGAGAACUGGGAGGACGGCAGGUUUCUGCCCUACGGCUGGUCAGGGGUGAUGCAGGGAGCUGCUACGUGUUUCUACGCCUUCAUCGGGUUUGAUAUCAUUGCCACUACAGGAGAAGAAGCUAAAAGUCCCAACACCUCGAUUCCUUACGCCAUCACCGCGUCACUCAUCACGUGUCUGACAGCAUACGUCUCUGUGAGUGUGAUCCUCACUCUGAUGGUGCCCUAUAAUCUGAUUGAUGGAGACGCUCCUCUGAUGGAGAUGUUCGCUGUUCACGGUUUCAUGGCAGGGAAAUACAUCGUGGCGGUCGGAGCCAUCGCAGGACUGACAGUCAGUUUACUGGGUUCUCUUUUCCCUAUGCCUCGAGUCAUCUACGCCAUGGCAGGGGACGGGCUGCUCUUCAGGUUCCUGUCCCAUGUGAGUCCAUACACAGAGACCCCAGUGGUGGCGUGUGCCGUGUCUGGGUUCCUAGCAGCGUUCCUGGCCCUGCUGGUCAGUCUGAGGGACCUGAUUGAGAUGAUGUCCAUCGGCACAUUGCUGGCGUACACGCUGGUGUCUGUGUGUGUGCUACUGCUGCGCUAUCAGCCUGAAGGAGACGGAUUCACAGACGUUCUCCCAGACAAGAGUAAAGAGGGCGUGCUGGCGGAUCGUGAGCGAGACAUUUACUCCCACACCAGUGAUGGAGACGAGUAUGGCAACACGUGCGGAGCCAAAAACCUUCCCUCACAAGGUGACGAUGAGAUGCUGAUCAGCAAAUCAGACUCCGGUGGCUACCAGUCAGAGUCCUCGGGGUACAGUGAGGGUGAGAAAGGGGCGGAGCUUGAUGACUCAGACAGUGCUGUGACGUCCAUUUUGAAGCGAGUGCUCGGUGGGAAUUACUACACACUUCGGAUGCGACUUGGACUUCCAGAACCGGGCUCUCAGCCCACACCAGCUACAGGACGCACCGUCACCUACUGCGUCCUCGUCCUGUUUGUCCUCACCUUCCUGCUUUGGGCCUUCAUCAUAUAUGGCCUCGACCGAGCCUCAUCAGGUGCUUGCUGGGUUCUGGUCCCGCUCGUCAUCGGCAUCAUCGUCCUUAUGGCCUCUUUAAUCAUUGUUAUUCUACGGCAGCCUCAGAGUCCCAAAAGGUUACCGUACAUGGCACCUUGCGUCCCUUUUGUGCCCACAGCUGCCAUUUUGGUGAACAUCUACCUGAUGCUCAAGCUGUCCAGCAUUACCUGGGUCCGCUUCGUUGUGUGGUGCUCUAUAGGUGUGAUGAUUUAUUUUGGAUACGGGAUGUGGAACAGUUCUCUGGAGCUGAUUGCGCGGGAGGAGGAAGCCCACGCCAGCUCGUAUCAGAGGUAUGACGCUGAAGUGGAUGACAGCUUCAGGGCGGGUGUUGACCUUCACACUCAGGAGGAUGGAGAAGGAGGACUCUAUCAGGGCUGGGCAGCUGAGGAGAGGGGCUACCAGCACCAGCACCAGAACCAGGACCAAUACCAGAACCAAUACCAGGACCAAAACCAGUACCAGAACUACCAGCAGUAGGAGAUGAACACAGGACGUUCUCCAGAGGUCAGAAAUCCAGAGUCAGGAGCAGUCGAGGUUUCCAGCAGCUGCUCAGUGAGAUUCAGCCUCCAGUGUGUGUGAAAGUGUUGACUCUCUUUUGCUUUACUGUUUAUUCAGCUUUAUUUUAGUGCUGUUUUGGUUUUAUUUGCUUGAACGUGGUGAAUAUUUAUGUUUAUAAACUUAACAAUUAUUGGCACCCUUCAUGAAAAAUAAGCAAACAUUAAUUUACGAGGUGACUAACAAGGAUUUUAAUGUUUUUAUGACUGCUGGUUUAAAAAUAUUGGCACCCACACAUUAAUUUUUGUGCUUCCAAAAAUUACAAUUGUUUUUAUUUAUUUUAGUGUAAGAAAAGAAAGUUUGCAGUAGUUUGAGUGAAAUGUUUGAAUUGUGUUAUUGUUUAUUUUAUACACUGAUCUUCCCAAGUCUCUUGAAGGGUGCCAAUAAUUCUAGAGCUUAAUGAUGCAUUUUCCAAACAGGUUGUAAUGCAGUAUAUCACAACAUAUCACGUGCUACAAUCCUACAGCGCAGGAGAAGUCACUCACACGGCACUCACACGGCACUCACACGGCACUCACACGUCACUCACACGGCACUCACACGUCACUCUCACGGCACUCACACGGCACUCUCACGUCACUCACACGUCACUCACACGGCACUCGCACGUCACUCGCACGUCACUCAAACGGCACUCACACGGCACUCUCACAUCACUCUCACGUCACUCACACAGCACUCACACGUCACUCACACAGCACUCUCACGUCACUCACACGUCACUCAUGUCACUCACACAUCACUCACACAUCACUCACACGUCACUCACGUCACUCACACAUCACUCACACAGCACUCUCACGUCACUCUCACAGCACUCACACGUCACAAAUGAUAAAAUCUAAAGCAUUUAAGGGUUUUACAACUGGGUGUUUCUAUAUUAGAGAACCAACUAUCCAAACUCCCUCGAGUUAAUGAAACUCUCACACUGCCAGUGUGUGUGUUUGUAUAUGUAUAUAUGUGUAUGUAUGUCUGUGCGUGUGCGUGUAUGUGUGUGUGCGUGUGAUCUACACUCAUAAAGCACAUACACACACACAGUUAUUGUAGAAAUGUAGGUUUGUAAAAGUUCUCUGAUCGUCGCUCUUCCUGUAGAACCCUACAACAUAGUGCUGUGUGCAGCACUGGAACAGAACCCAAGAAGAAUCCUUCUUGCUUUAUGAAGCUAUGAAUCAUGAAUCCUAUAGUAAGGUGUUUCCAUGUCAGACAUUUACACUGAAUGAUGUAGAUGAUCUAAAGAACUCCUGAAGAACCUCCAGAUCUCAGCGUGUUAGAGGA